AUGAAGAGUGAGAAUUUAAGCGAAGACCCAAAUAAUAUCCCUGACGCGAACCAACAUGGAGAUACAUCCACAAGUAGGGCAAACAACGUGAGUGAGGUAAGCGUCAUGGGCAUGAAGGAGGAAGGUGAGAAGGAUGCAUCAAUUAGUGGAGAAAAAGGAAAUCCAAAAAAAAGGGGAACAGAAGAAAAUGGGAAAGAUUCUUUUAGCCCGUCGUCUCCUCCUCAUGUGAAGCGGAAAAAGGAAUCGCAAGAAAAGUCACAGCAACAGGGGGAAAAACACAAGAAUGGGUUGGGCGAAAAAGAAAGGAGGAGAGGGGGUGAACCGGACAAAGGAGAAUCAAAGAACAGUCGCAAAAACAAAAAUGGAGAGAAAAAAAUAAUCAUCGACAAGAAUAAUCUUUUCCACGAAAUAAACUUGUUGAUAAAAAAAAAAUUAAAAAUUAAUGAUGCAAUAAAAAUUGACUUAUUUUACAAAGACAAUUGCACACAGAUAAAGCCCUACGCCAUUUUUGACGAGUACAAAUAUGUUAAUAUAGAAAAUAAAAUUAACCUAGAAAUUGUAAAUUUUUUGAGGAGAAGCUUAUUACAGAAUGACAGGAGGAAUUUCCUCUCCAUACACAGCAGCGUGGUGGAGCUGCGAGGAAGCUUCAAUGAUGAGUUAAUCAACCUGCCAAUUGUUAAUCAAAUUAUUCUGCAGAAAAUUAGUAACAACAAUUACAAGUACAAAUUUAAUAUCGACACAGAGGUACUGAACUAUAUCUAUGUCGAUCUCUUCAAAAUUCAUAAAAGUAAAUAUAAGUUCAAAAUUUUGGAAAAGAAAUAUGAAAUGGAGGAGUGGUACUACUACGACACAAGGAAGGAUCGACGCAAGGGGGGGGCCACCGCUCAGUUGAUUGGAGAGGCAACUGAUGGAGAAGGGGAUCAUGUGGCACAGACCGAAGCGGCGGAUCAGAAGCGUGAGGUGGAUAAGAACGAUGAUCAGACACGCAACGAAAGAGCGAGUGAGCCAAGCGAGCUGGAGGAGAACAGCACAUCCAGCGAAUCGAAUGAAAGUGACGCACUGAUAAAUUUGUAUAACGAGGAAAAGAAAAAGGAGGAGAUGCAUUUGCUUAAUGGGAAAACGAGGAAAAAGAAAAAGAAAAGGAAGAAGAAGAAAAAAAAAAUUGUUGAUAAGGAUAAGGUGUAUAUUGAAAAGUUAAAAAAGCUGGUGGAAGAAGACAGCGAUCAUGAAGGUAAUGCCACGUCAAGUGACCACAACUCUGCGGAAUCGGAUGAUUCGUCUAACGACAGAAAUCAGAUUUUGUAUAGGAGGAAAAUAAUAUACUCCAGGGAUGGCGACGGGACGGUCAUAAGCGCGUUUAAGGAGGUCGAAAACGACACCGUCUGCGUUUAUUACCCGAAUAGUUCAUACAACCAGUGUCUGAAUUUGACUUCGUUUGAGCCUUUGCUGGGGGGGGGAGUCACCUCGGGGGUCUCUCCAACCGGGGUCGACUCAACUGGGGCCGCCUCCAUCGAAGUGCCUUUCACCGAUGGUGCAAACCGACCCAGCGCUCACCACCGCAAGUACGACAUAUAUCAGCACAAAAAUGGGCAAAGCGGCGUGGGAGUCAGCGCGGGCAGCCACGCGGGAGAACCGCCAAACCUGCGGGCUCUGGACGAAGAGAACAUUAAGAUAAAAAAAAGAUACGUGAGGGACAUCUCGAUUUACAAUUUCUGCUGCGAUGACAAGUAUAAGGGAUGCAGCCUAUUUUUACAUGUGGCGAAAAAUAAAAAAUUGAAAAAUGUGAAGAUAGACUACAACAUUGACUACUCCGAUUUUUCCAACAAUUUGGAUAUCAUCAAAAUGUACGAAGUGAAGGGCGAGGGUAGUUCGAGUGCCAAGGGUGGGGAGAAUAGGCGAAAAGACGUGGGGAAGCUGUUCGAGCUUGAGAAGGACUGGAAGGUGAACGUGGAUAUCUACAUCGACAUUGAGAGGGUUGUGCGCGAGUUCUGGAAACGGGGCGAGGGGAGUGAGAUAGGCCUGAACGGCGGUGAAAGCGGUGGAAGGGGUGAAAGCGGUGGAAGGGGUGAAAGCGGUGGAAUGGGUGAAAGCGGUGGAAGGGGUGAAAGCGGUGGAAUGGGUGAAAGCGGUGGAAGGGGUGAAAGCGGUGGAAUGGGUGAAAGCGGUGGAAGGGGUGGAAGGGGAGGAAGGGGUGGAAGCGAUGGAAGGGGUGGAAGCGAUGGAAGGGGUGGAAGCGGCGGAGGAGACGGAGGAGACGGAUGUGGCGAUCGCCGUGACAAAUCCGGUCAGCGAGAAGGCCGCUCGAACAAGCUGGACUACAUAAUAUACAACUUUUACAAAAACUUCGAGUGCCUAAUCAACUUCGUAAACAAGCUGAAGAACAACAACACCAAGUUCGAUUACUUCUACCCGAAGAUGAUAGGAGACGUGAAUGAGGAAAUCAGGAAGCACUACGACAAAAAAAAAGUCAUUUUGUUGAAAAAGUCUAACAUCAAAUAUAUCCGUAUCUUCAACAAUGAGGUGAAGAGAAUAAUGAUCCUCUUCUUUGUGCCGUAUGGCUCCAAAAUCUUGGACCUCGCAUGCGGCCAUGGACAGGACAUGCUUAAAUACAACUCGGUGAAAAAUAAGGUCUAUGUUGGGCUGGACAUCUCCAAGAAGGAAAUCGAGUUGGCCAAGGAACGCUUAAGUCAGAAUGAUGUAAAAGGGUUGUGUAAUCAUGACAACUUUUUAUUUCUGCAAGGGGAUAUUUUAAAUAAUAAAUUUUUCCGAAAAUGGAAAAAUAAAAAUAUAACGUUUGACAUCAUUUCGAUAAAUUUGGCCAUGCAUUACGUGGUGUACAACGAGAAGUCAUCUAAAAAAUUUUUUAAGAUUAUCGAAAAUUUUUUGGAGAGUGAGGGCUUGCUGCUGGCGACCACCAUUUCUACCAUCACGCUGACUGACUUUUUGAUGAAGCGCUCGGUCACGGAGGUGGUUAGCGACUCCAUUACGUUGACGCUCGAAAACGACCUAUUCACGAUCCGGUUCGACCAGGAAAAUCUUCUCAAGAUAUUCAAGAAUAAAAUGUGCCUUGAGGAAUUCAUAGAAUUCGUCAACAGUAACAAUACAGUGUCUCAGGUGAAGUACGACUAUUUUUACAAGUUGAUAAAAGACGCCUUGGAAAACACGCUGGGUAUAAAGUAUUAUUUCUACCUGUAUGAUACAAUUGACGCGAACGAAUUUGUCAUUCCGCAGAAGUAUUUAAAAGAUAAAUUGCAGGAACUGAAUAUGGUUGAGCUAUUCAACAACAGCGCUAUCAUGUUUCUUCAUUACAUCACCAAUAACUUGGAGACAUACGAGAGGUACCAAAAUAUAAACUACUUUAACUUAAUCAAUAAAACAAUCGAUAAAUACAUUUUUGACGAUAUUAAAAUGCGGAUUAAUAAAAUUCAUGGCUAUAAUAGGGACUCCCAAAUUUAUUUCGACAUUUGUUCUUUGUACCACGUGUAUGUUUAUAAAAAGAAUUUCGAUGCGUCCAUAUUGGGCGUGGUGUAG